UUUGAUACGCGCCACCCGGCUGCACGGUUCUAAUUUCGCCGUACAUCGUUCUCUACGCUCACGUUAUUCGAUUCCUGAUACCACAAUUGUCAGUUAAAAAAGGAGCUGAGCCAAAUUGAUUUAUACAUAAAGUGUUUUCAAGUGCCGAUAAGAUUAAUCAUUAUUUGCUUGCCUUGUGAUAAAAUCACAGUUAUAAAUUCUCUUUUCGGUUAAUCUUAUCGCAACAUGCUCAAGUGCAGACACUGAAAAUACAAACUAUCUAGACAAAUUUCAAACCGAAACAGAAACAGAACCUCAAUUGAAAAUGGCGGAGUUAAGAGCUAAGAAUCCGCCACCAGGCCAAUAUUUAUGUGGUUUGGCCAAUUGGCAUCCACCUUGGCUACAGAAAUAUGCCACAACCAAGUCCUUUAUUGCCGUCUAUGGUCUUCUGGGCACCAUCCAGGCAAUGUCCUACAUGUACUUUAUGGUUACGCUAACCACCUUGGAGAAACGCUUCAAGAUAACCAGCCAAACGACAGGUAUUGUACUCAGUGGCAAUGAGAUAUCACAGAUAUUGCUCUCCCUGAUAUUAUCCUACAUCGGUGGACAGCGCAAUCGUCCACGUUGGAUAGCCUGGGGCAUUGCGAUCUGUGGUCUAUCCUGCUACAUUCUGGUACUGCCCCACUUUAUCUAUGGUGCCGGGGAUGAGGUGCUACAGUUGACUAAAGAAUAUCAGAAUAGUCUGUUCAAUGUCUCUACGGAUUUCAACUAUACACUGGCUAGUGCAAACGCGCUGAAGAGUCAAGCUGGUCAAUUAUGCGGCGUGGGCAGUAAGGAGGAGAAUUGCGAUAGUCUCUUUAAUUAUGUUCCCUUAGUGCUGAUUUUCUGCUCCCAGUUUGUGCUGGGAAUUGGUAAUACCAUGUACUAUUCCCUGGGUCAGACCUAUUUGGAUGAUAAUACCAAGAGAACGAAUACACCUCUGAUGUUAUCUGUUGCCAUGGCUUUGCGCAUGAUUGGACCCGUUUUUGGUUUCAUUGUUGGCUUUGUUUCCCUGAACACCUUCAUUGAUCCCUCGAAAACGCCGCUGAUCGAUGACAAGGAUCCACGAUGGCUGGGCGCCUGGUGGCUCGGCUGGGUCAUCCUGGGCACCAUGAUGUGCCUGCUCUCGGGACUGAUUGCCCUCUUUCCCAAGCAGUUGCCCAAGAAGCUAGACAGUGAGAGACACAAUUCCCACCUGCCGCAUGUGUUACGCACUGAGGAGCUGAAGCGGGAGGAGGGCUUAUUCCUCACCAGUCGCUCCUCGUCCAACGCUACCCUGGAUCACAUUGGCGCCGCUGCCCAAGCAGAUCUGCCCAAAUUGAAGGACUUUCCUCGGGCUCUCAUGCGUUUGUUGCGCAACAAGUUGCUAAUGUUCAACAUCAUCGCUGGUGUCUUCUUCGUGUUGAGCGCCUCUGGGUUCAUGACCUUCCUCAGCAAGUACAUGGAGGUGAUGUUCCACAAGUCCGCACACAAGGCUACAAUUAUCGUUGGACCCGCAUCCAUUCUGGGCAUGGUCGUGGGCGUCAUUACCUCCGGUUUGGUCUUGACCAAGAAGAAGCCUUCUGUCAGCAAAGUUCUCAUGUGGAAUAUAUUUGUGGGCUUUGUCUACAUUUGUGGCCAGAUAACGUAUGCAUUUUUAUACUGUCCCGAUUCCGUUUCCAUGGCUCAUGUGGGCAAAUUCAAUUUGAGCACCAACUGCAAUGCGAAUUGCUCCUGCGAGGGCGUCAGUUACUCACCCGUGUGCCACGUGGAGAGUGACACCACCUACUUUUCGGCCUGUCACGCCGGUUGCAGCAGCUGGAAUCCGGAUACAAAGGUGUACGAUAAUUGCACCUGCCUUACCGAAGCCCUCACAAUUCUGCCCAAGUUUGAGGAGCGUUCCGAGCGUUUAAUGCAAGGAUUCGAUACCACAAUAAGACCGGAUUUGGACCUGGAUCUAAUGACGGGUUUACCUUUGAUGGGCAUGCCGGAUGAUAAUCUUGAUCUCAGCGAUGUUCCUCUGCUCAACGAUGAUUACUCAGCUGAGAUUGAAGCUGGCAAGGAUCUCCUAUCACGCAGUAAACGAGCUGUGUCUAAUCUUGUGCUGGAACCGGGAGUGUGCUUAAAGGGUUGCAGCACGGCAUUCUGGGCAUUCUCCAUUACCUCGAUGGUCAUCAAUUGGUUGGGUUGCUCCGGUCGCAUUGGAACCGUCUUGGUCAAUUAUCGUUCAGUUUCCACCGAGGACAAAUCAUUUGCUCAGGGAUUGGCUUUAAUGAUGCUCAGUCUGUUUGCCCUAAUUCCGGGUCCAAUUAUCUUUGGCCGGAUCAUUGAUGCCACUUGUCUGGUGUGGACUGAGACAUGCAACGGAAUUGGCAACUGUCAGCUCCAUGAUCAGACUAAAUUCCGUUACUCCGUUAACUUUGUAUCCGGCCUCCUCACUUUGUUUGGCAUCUUCUUUGAUUUCCUCGUCUGGUAUUAUGGCCGUGAUCUGGAUCUCUAUGGCGAUAAGGAGACCAAGCGUCUCCAGGAAGCCAACCGACGGGAUCAGCCAAUAACGCCCUUGUUGGCCAAGAAGGCCGAGACUGCCGAUCGCAAAUACUCAAUUUCCUAAAAGUUCCUGAUAUAUAAAAUGGAUUAGUAACAGCCUCCACAUAACCAGCCAUAUGUUCAAACUUCUUGCAGCUGUACGUAGUACUGGAAGAUACAGAAAUAUGGCAUACUAUGUUUUUAUCAGACAUACGUUAAGUACACUGACUAACUAAAACUAAAUCACCACUUUCCAUUUUACCCCUUGAUUAAGAAAUAUUCUUAAAUUUAAAAAUAUUUUUUUUUCUGAUAGAAUAUCAAUUUUUAAACCAACUUCGUUUCAAUACAACCAUAAGUAAUAUAUGAAAUUAACAAAAUAAAAAAGGUACUAAAUAAAAGAAAAGUUUUGUAAAUUUCUUAUAUUACACAAUUCAUUCCAUUUAGUUCAAAAUAUUUGGAACUCACUUAAUAAAUUAAAGAAACAGUGGUAAAAGGUAAAGAGCCUGCUGUGCCAAUAAUUUAGUUUGUCAGUGUAUAUCACCAAGUUUGUUAGAUAAAUUUUGAUAACAAAUUCACUUUUAAUUCUUUUAUAAAUAAGAUGAAUUUAUGUACGAGUAAUAUGUGUAAAUUGUAUAAAAAA